AUUUUGAAUUCUGCAUUCUCCCAACCCUUUGUAACUCGAUUUGCUAAACCCCGAAAUAUUGAGGUAGCAAUGGGGACAACAGCCAUGGACUGCCGUAACUGGGACGAAGACAUGUACAGAGAUUCCGUUAUACGGGAAAGACAAUCCCAAUGCCGAACUGUUUUCCGUACUGCAUUUGCCCCGAACCCGAACCAUGAUUCCUAUCCGGACCUCAUCGUCGCCGCCAUUAGCGACGGCUCCAUCGCCUCUUACCCUAUCUCUUCUUGCCACGAAUUGAACUCUGCUGCCAAUUCAUUGGUGCCAGUUGCUGAACCUAGUUGGAUGGUACAAGGACAUGAUGGACCUUCUUAUGAUGUUACAUUUUAUGGUAACCACGAAGAUUCGUUGUUAUUGAGUUGUGGUGAUGAUGGUCGGAUUCGAGGAUGGAAGUGGAAAGAAAUGUUGGAGUCUAAGGAAUCGGCACAAGGAGGUGUAUCAAAGCCGGUACUUGACUUGGUAAAUCCUCAAAAGAAAGGUCCGUGGGGUGCGCUUUCGCCAAUUCCUGAAAAUAAUUGCAUGGCUGUUAAUAAUCAGACCGGAUCCAUUUUUGCUGCUUCUGGUGAUUCUUGUGCAUACUGCUGGGAUGUGGAGAAGAAUGAAAUAAAGAUGGUUUUUAAAGGACAUUCAGACUACUUGCAUUGCAUUGUUGCGCGAAAUUCUCACAAUCAGGUUAUAACUGGUUCAGAGGAUGGGACAGCACGAAUAUGGGAUUGCAGAAGUGGUAAAUGUAUUCAAAUAAUUGAUCCCCAGAAGGGUAAGAAGUUGAAGGAGUUGUUUCCAUAUGUCAGUUGCAUAGCACUUGAUGCAAGCGAGAGUUGGCUGGCGUGUGGAAGUGGCCGGUCUUUAUCUGUUUGGAAUCUUCAAGCUUGUGAAAGUGUUUCAUGUAUCACGACAAGUGCUGCUAUCCAGGGUGCAGUAUUUGAUGAUAAUCAAGUUUUAGCUGUUGGAGCGGAGCCUCUGCUUAGUCGCUUUGACCUGAAUGGAGAUAUUAUUUCACAGAUACCAUGCGCUCCUCAGUCAUUGUUUUCCGUUUCUGCACAUCCUUCAGGGGUCACAGCAGUAGCUGGUUACGGAGCAUUAGUGGAUAUUGUAUCACAAUUUGGAAGUCAUUUGUGCACAUUCCAGUGCAAAGGAGUUCAGAAGGGACUGCCAAUGCAGCUUAUUAUCCGAGGAGUUUGGGCAAACCCUAACUUCUCUUUAUUCACUUUCACACUAACAACAACUCCUCUUUCUCUUUCUCUUCUCUUUACUUUCAAUCUCACCUUUUCUUCAGUCAUGGCGGGUGAAGCUCCUGAUGGAUCCCAAUUUGAUGCUCGUAAAUUUGAUUCGAAAAUGACAGAGUUGCUAAAUGCUGAGGGGCAAGAGUUCUUUACCUCAUAUGACGAGGCUUGUGAUAGUUUUGAUGCUAUGGGAUUGAAGGAGAACCUCCUGAGAGGCAUUUAUGCAUAUGGUUUUGAGAAACCCUCAGCAAUCCAGCAAAGAGGAAUUGUACCUUUUUGCAAAGGUCUUGAUGUGAUUCAACAGGCUCAGUCUGGAACCGGAAAGACUGCUACUUUUUGUUCAGGAGUUCUGCAACAACUGGACUAUGAACUGUUAGAUUGUCAAGCUUUGGUCUUGGCACCUACUCGUGAGCUUGCACAACAAAUUGAAAAGGUCAUGCGAGCACUUGGAGACUAUCUUGGUGUCAAGGUUCAUGCUUGUGUGGGAGGUACCAGUGUCCGUGAGGAUCAACGAAUCCUUUCAAGUGGGGUUCAUGUUGUUGUGGGAACACCUGGACGUGUAUUUGACAUGUUGAGAAGACAGUCUCUCCGCCCUGAUCACAUUAAGAUGUUUGUAUUAGACGAGGCUGAUGAAAUGCUUUCCAGAGGUUUCAAGGAUCAGAUCUAUGAUAUCUUCCAGCUCUUGCCUCCUAAGAUUCAGGUUGGUGUUUUCUCUGCCACAAUGCCUCCUGAGGCUCUUGAGAUCACAAGGAAGUUCAUGAACAAACCUGUGAGGAUUCUUGUGAAACGUGAUGAACUGACCUUGGAAGGUAUCAAACAGUUUUAUGUGAAUGUGGAAAAGGAAGAAUGGAAGCUUGAGACCCUUUGCGAUCUGUAUGAAACCUUAGCCAUCACCCAGAGUGUGAUUUUUGUGAAUACACGUCGCAAAGUUGACUUGUUAACAGACCAGAUGCGAGGCAGAGACCAUACAGUCUCAGCCACCCAUGGUGACAUGGACCAGAACACUAGGGAUAUUAUAAUGCGUGAAUUCCGUUCUGGUUCCUCGCGUGUUCUCAUCACCACCGAUCUUUUAGCCAGAGGAAUUGAUGUCCAACAAGUCUCCCUUGUCAUAAAUUAUGACCUCCCCACUCAACCUGAGAAUUAUCUUCAUCGUAUUGGACGUAGUGGACGGUUUGGUAGGAAGGGUGUUGCAAUCAACUUUACGACCAAGGAUGAUGAGAGAAUGUUGUCUGACAUUCAGAGGUUUUAUAACGUGGUAAUUGAGGAGCUUCCAGCAAAUGUCGCUGAUCUCCUGUAAGCUUUUUUCGGCUCUAAUGGCUACAAGAAUCGAACAGCAGGCCGUUGUUUGCUUUGGCCAUUUCUCCACAAUUUACGCAAUUUUUCUUCUUUUUAUCGUUUUGAUUUAAUUUUAACUCUUUGUUUUGUUUGUUUAUUUAGUUUGAUAGUUUUAGUGUAGUGCUGAACUAAUGAGUAAUACACAUUAGAUUGUCUUAUUUAUCAUCAUAUACAGUGGUGCGCUUUUGCUAGUC